CAGGCCCCCCCCAUCGCCCUUGUCCUGCGCAGUUCGCAGAAUGCCAUGGCGGAGGGAACGGCGCCGAGCCAAGCCAUCUGCGCCCUGGCACGGUCCAGGGCAGCGGUGCUGUGGCCACCCUUGGCAAUGCUGAUCCUGGCCGUGCUUAUCGUGAUCUCUCACAUCCUGGCAGUGCUCAGUGGGAAGUGCGAGGUCUUAGAGGCCGGUAUCCAACGCACCGCCUACGUCGAGGAAAUCAGCAUCACCACUCGAAAGCCGCCUGAGAGCUACAUUUGGACACUAGGUGUGGCCGUCACAUGGGUGCUUUUCCUCCUUCCCAGCACCUUCUUUAUUCACCUGGCCUUCUUCCGGCCGAGCAGCUCGCGCCUCCGCACGCGCCUCCGCACGUGGCUGCGCUGGGGCUUCUUGGGAAUAUCGGAGGCCUUCUUCGUGCUAGCGUCACUGGCGCUCGUGGGCCUAGCCACAAUCACGCAUUCAGGGACCAUUCUGGAGAAUCAGCACCAGAUCCCGGAGGGAGGUCUGAUCCACCAGCAACUCUCCAUCCUGUUUUUCCUGGCCUCCUUUCUCUCUGGCGGUUUCUUUCUGGCUGCCCGCGCCCUCCAGUGGCGCAGUGCCACGAAAUGGGAGCGCAGGUCCUUUUGGCUGAAGCUAGCGGUGCUCAUUUUCUUGAUCCUUUGUGUAUCACAACUGGUCCCCUUGCUCAUCCUGGAAGCUGGGCUUCAGAGCUAGCGGUGCUCCGGCCACGUUCGUUCCGCCCGA